GCCCUUCAACUCCGCCCUCUAGUGCCCAAGAUUACGGGAAAGGAAUUCCACGAAUCAGUGGUGACGUGCCGCCGCCAUGCUUACUACGGGCGGAAAUUUGAGAGAAAGCUUCGCUCCGGUAGGAAAACGGCCGAGCAACCGAGCACUGUUGGAAAGGUUGACGAUAAUGGUUAAGUGGCUCAGCCUUGCCCUCAGUUAAAAUGGCAAUUUUAGUUGCUUCACUGCUACGGAAUCGGUGAGGCGCUAAGGAGGCUUCCUGCGUGGAGCCGCAGAGCGAGUCGGGAAACGAUUUUAAACUGAAGAGGCGGCGGAGGACCGAAUUGCCUUUUCACGACGGCGUGAUUUCAGAGCUGGGCUGGUCUCUGACAGGCUCAGCUGAAGAGGGACGGGUUGGGACGCACUGUCCUUUUGCCCUUCCCCCUUCGCCAGCAGAAGCUGACUCCGCAGGAGCGAGGGUCGCAGAGCUGGGUGAGCGGAAAUGUCCCUCCCAGAGUGAAGUCGCAGGGCCCGCCCCGCGUCUGAGGGAGUGGAGGUCUUCCUGGGGGAUUUCAGUCUCGACAUAGUUUUGGAGCCGGACUUUUGAAGAAUGAUUGAUGAAUCCGGAAUGGGUGACAGCGUCAUCACGGCAUUUUAUUGGUAAAAAUGCUUUGUAUUGGUUCCGGACCUGCUUUAACUUUGUAUUUGCCCUGCUGUGUGGUCAUUAUCUUCACAAUACUUGUGUGUUAAGACAGACCAUGGAUUCUUAUGAUAUACCAGAAUCAACUCCUAGUGCAUCCUCAAGACCUGAAGAUUACUUUGUAGGUGCCACUCCUCUGCAAAAACGAUUAGAAUCAAUCAGGAAGCAGACUUCAUUUAUCCCGACUCCACCUCGGAGGAAAAUUCCCCAGUGUUCACAGUUGCAGGAAGAUGCUGACCCUCAAAAUGUUGCAUUCCUUCUGCAUAAACAGUGGACUUUAUAUAGUUUAACUCCCUUAUAUAAAUUCUCCUAUAGUCAUCUCAAAGAGUAUUCUAGACUUCUGAAUGCUUUUAUUGUUGCUGAAAAGCAAAAAGGACUUGCUGUGGAAGUGGGAGAAGACUUCAACAUCAAAGUGAUUUUUUCUACUCUCCUAGGAAUGAAAGGAACACAAAGGGAUCCAGAAGCAUUUCUUGUCCAGAUUCUGUCAAAAUCUCAAUUGCCAUCUGAGAAUAGAGAAGGUAAAGUGUUGUGGACUGGCUGGUUCUGCUGUAUUUUUGGAGACAGUCUUCUGGAGACUGUUUCAGAAGAUUUCACCUGUCUGCCCUUAUUCCUUGCAAAUGGAGCAGAGUCUAACACAGCCAUAAUUGGAACUUGGUUUCAGAAAACCUUUGACUGUUAUUUCAGUCCUUUAGCAAUCAAUGCAUUUAAUCUUUCCUGGAUGGCUGCCAUGUGGACUGCAUGCAAAGUGGACCAUUAUGUGGCUACUACUGAGUUUCUUUGGUCUGUACCCUGUAGCCCUCAAAGUCUGGACAUUUCUUAUGCAAUACAUCCAGAGGAUGCAAAAGCUCUAUGGGACAGCAUCCACAAAACACCUGGGGAGGUUACCCAGGAAGAAGUUGACCUAUUCAUGGACUGCCUUUAUUCACAUUUCCAUAGACAUUUCAAGAUUCAUUUAUCAGCCACAAGACUGGUUCGUGUUUCAACAUCUGUAGCUUCAGCACAUACUGAUGGAAAAAUAAAGAUUCUGUGUCAUAAAUAUCUUAUUGGAGUGUUAGCAUAUUUGACAGAACUGGCAGUUUUUCAAAUUGAGUGAAGCCUUAUGUGGACUAUAAGUUAGAGAUUAUAUACUCUUUUUCUUAUUGAUGACUUGCCUAAUUGCUAUGCUGAAAGAGACUGCAGGAGAAAUAGGCAUCUAUCUGCAUCUGUUUCCCCCACCAUGCCUUUGGAGUUGCCAAGAUGGAAGCCAAGAAGGAUCUAGAAGUACAAAGAAUAUGGUAGUAGAUGAGCUACAGCCAGGUGCCCACGUACUAAUCAUGAUAACCUGGCAUGCCAUUCUCAAAAUGCUGAGUUGUUAAUUUCUUGUCAUCUUUAAAUAUAUAUAUAUAUAGGCUGGGCUUGGUGACUCACACCUGUAAUUCUAGCACUUUUGGAGGCUGAGGUCAGUGGAUCAUUUGAGGCCAGGAAUUCUAGACCAGCCUGGUCAACAUGGUGAAACCCCUUCUCUACUGAAAAUACAAAAAUUAGCUGGGUGUGGUGGCGCAUGCCUAUAAUCCCAGUUACUGGGGAGGCUGAGGCAGGAGAAUCGUUUGAACCCAGAAGACAGGCUGCAGUGAGCCAAGAUUGCACCACUGCACUCCAGCCUGGGCAACAAAGUGAGACUCUGCCUCAAAAAAUAAAAAAAAAUAAAGUAAAUAAAUAUAGUGUUUAUUGUGUUUAAACUCUUAGGAUUCAAAUGAGAUAUAUCUAAUGGAUAUUUCUGAUUUGAGUCUUUAAAACCUUUAAUCUCUUUUAAGCAUUUUAGACUUGCAUUCAGAAAGAAUUCUGUCUUCUAAAGACAUUUUCCUAGCAUUUCACUGCAGAGAACUGGCAAUCAAAAUCCCCUCAAAAGGGAACUAAGGAUUAAUGUACACAUUUUUUUUAGUCACUAAUAUGCUUCUGUUUUAAAUACAGUUCAACUCCUGUUGCAAUGUUGAAUUAAAUGUUCAUUUUAAAGUGAA